GAACUGACAAUACACAACCUUUAAAUUGUGAGAAUGUGUCAAGUAUUAGUCUUCUCUUAGAGUUUUUGAAUACUACAGCACAUGAAGAUAACAGAAGAAUAUUUACUAAUAUGAAGAGUUUUGCCUGCCUUAUGAAACAGAAUAAAAUAUUUUCUGUUCACAUAAGAGAUAACCCUUUAUGUAUUCAAGGUUGUAAAGAGCAUGAUGAUAAAACCUUCACAUCAGAUAGUACAUUUCCUUUUGAUUCUUCAUUUUCUAUUGAAGAAAAACAUGAUAGCAGUUGUGAUAUCGCUAGUACAGGUUCCUUUAAUUCUUCAUUAGGUAUUUUAAACACAUCCAAGUUGUCAUCAGUUAGCAUGGAAGGAAAGGCAGGAGGAAAUACUAGCAGAGACUUCAUUGAUUUAUUAAAUGAAGUAGAAGAACUUGGUUUCCAUAAUAAAAAACUUCAAGCUGAAAAUGAAAGACUGAGAGCACAGAUAUCUCAAAGUGAAGAAACUACCAACCAGCUGAUGACUGAAAAUGAACAGUUGAGACUGAAAGUCAGCAGCUUUCAAAAUGUUCUUGAAAAAACGAAAGAUCUUGAAAAGGAAUAUGAAGAAAUGAAAACCAGUUUCGAACAAGAGGAAAAGAUGAGAAUCAAACUGGAGGACAGUGUGGCAAACUUACAGAAAGAAAACAGGCAUUUACUCUCUCAGCAGAAAGACCUUGAACAAGAACUCCUUAUGACUAACUCAAUGCUAGAAAAAUAUAAGAAGGAAGAAGAACUUGUAAUAUUUUUAGAAGAUCAAGUUCAAGAUCUAAUACAACAAAAAGAAAUAUGGAAAAUGGAAUUGGAAGAGAAAACUAGUGUGUGUGAAGAACUUCACCAGGUGGUAAAAGAAUAUACUAAAGCAAAUGAGGUUCUUCAGCAAGACAAAUCUAUUCUUGAGGUAGAGUUAUAUAAAGCCCAAGAAGAAAUACAAAGUAUAGCUGAAGCUGUUGGUUCAUCUUAUAAUCAUGAUGAAGAUGUAGGUGAGGAUGAAGAUUACUGUGAGACAGAGGAUUUGAUUUAUCAUAUUCAAACUCCUCAUAAUAUCUCCUUGCAAAAACAUCACAGAUUCCAAAAUUGCAUUUCUCUUCAGAAAAGGAAAGAGCCGGUCUACUCAAGUACUCCACAUCAAAACAAUUUUAUGAAAAACAUAUCCAUUUGUGCUGAAAUGAAGGAUUUGAUCCAUGCAAAUGAUAGUUUGCCUACACCCAUUUGUGGAAAAGAACAAUCUUUCCUUUCAUGCAGUGGAAAAGCAGAGUCACCUGUACCUUGUGGGGAUUCUCUUGAUGGAAAGGUAUCAUAG